ACCGUCCCAAGCCCCAACCCUCCGAAGUAACGCUCGCUGCUCUGGAACAGCAGCAGCGGCAGAGCAGAGCAGAGCAGUGCCGGGCAGCCAUGGCGCGCGCCUCGAGCUGGCGAUCGCUGCUGCUUGUGCUGCUCGUGGCGGUGGCCACGUCGGAGGGGGCCAGGGUGUCGGUGGGGAACUGGACGGAGGAGCUGCGCGGGGCGGCGCGGCGGCGGGUGUUCGAGAACGGCCUCGGCAUGACGCCGCAGAUGGGGUGGAACAGUUGGAACCACUUCGGCUGUGGGAUCAACGAGCAGCUCAUCAAGCAGACAGCCGAUGCAUUGGUCAACACUGGUCUGGCGAAAUUAGGCUAUGAAUAUGUUAAUAUAGAUGAUUGCUGGGCAGAAUCUGAUAGGGACUACCAGGGUAAUUUUGUCGCAAAUAGACAAACAUUCCCCUCUGGCAUCAAGGCGCUCGCAGAUUAUGUGCAUGCAAAAGGACUGAAGCUUGGCAUCUACAGUGAUGCUGGUACACGGACGUGCAGUUUCCAAAUGCCAGGAUCACUUGACCAUGAAGAGCAGGAUGUUAAAACCUUCGCAUCUUGGGGUGUUGAUUAUCUGAAGUACGACAACUGCAACGAUGCUGGCAGGAGUGUCAUGGAAAGAUACACUAGAAUCAGCAGUGCCAUGAAGACCUAUGGAAAAAACAUCUUCUUCUCGUUGUGUGAAUGGGGAAGAGAAAAUCCUGCUACCUGGGCAGGCAGCAUGGGCAAUAGCUGGAGAACAACUGAUGACAUUCAAGACAACUGGGACAGCAUGACAUCCCGCGCAGACCAGAACGACAGAUGGGCUUCCUAUGCCGGACCUGGCGGAUGGAAUGAUCCUGACAUGCUUGAAGUUGGCAACGGUGGGAUGUCCGAGUCUGAGUACCGCUCUCAUUUCAGCAUCUGGGCACUUUCCAAGGCUCCUCUUCUGAUUGGGUGCGACGUGCUCUCGAUGAACCAGCAGACCAAGGACAUACUCAGCAACUGGGAGGUCAUCGCCGUCAACCAAGAUAGUCUAGGUGUCCAAGGAAAGAAAGUGCAAUCCGAUAAUGGAUUGGAGGUUUGGGCUGGGCCGCUCAGUAACAACAGGAAGGCCGUGGUUCUCUGGAACCGGCAGGGCUACCAGGCAACCAUCACCGUGCAAUGGUCAAACAUCGGGCUUUCUCCAUCCACUGCUGUCACUGCUCGUGAUCUAUGGGCGCACUCCUCGUCCUCGGCUCAGGGCCAAUUAUCAGCUUCAGUGGCACCUCAUGACUGCAAGAUGUACGUCCUGACGCCGAAGUAACUUAUAGAAGAGGAGAGAGUCCAUAGUGGAGUGCAGCCGUUCGAUCAGGAUUCAAGAGAAGGGUAUGCAUACAAGGAUUGGUAGAUCAGGAAAUGAGAUCUCAUUUGCUUAUACUGGAGUGCUACGCAGAAAAAAGCUGUAACUUAUAACUGUAAGUGUAUUUUUUCUUUCAAAUACGCAGGAAAGCUGCGUAUCUUUGUAUUAAGAAAAGGAGGACACAGAGUAUUUAACGACGA